AUGGGUGAACUGGAUGCUGAGCCUACCAUGGCAGACCUUGAAAAGGCCAUAAAUGCCUUAGCAAGUGGUAAGGCACCAAGCAACGUCGCUAUACCACCUGAAGUCAUCAAGGAGGGAAACAUCGAACGCAAAUUCUUUGCCCGGGUUGUGUUCACAAGAUUGCAAGUCCUAGCCGAACGAGUCUACCCAGAGGCACAAUGUGGCUUCCAGUUAGGUCGCUCAACUAUUGACAUGGUAUUCUCUGUGAGGCAACUGCAAGAAAAGUGCAGGGAGCAACGUCAACCCUUACAUUUGGCCUUUGUCGACCUCACCAAGGCCUUUGAUCUCGUCAGCCGCAGCGGACUGUUCAGCCUACUACAACGGAUAGGCUGUCCACCAAAGCUACUCAGUCUCAUCAAGUCAUUCCAUACAGAUAUGAAAGGAACUGUCAGGCUUUGA